AUGGCUUCUGGAACUCCCAUUUUGGCCCUUUGCCUGUUGAUAUACUGGCUUUCGGGCGGCCGGACGACGGUUUUGGCAGCAGCCUGGUUUGCUGUUUUCGUCCAUAAACAGAAAAAACACGACCUGAAAAGUUCUCCAAUCACUGAACCGGUUAAGUCAUCUCGCAUUAUGGAGGUGGACUUUACCAAUGCGUUUACGCCAGAGACGAAAACGACGUUUCCGAAGACGGUGCCGUUGAAGAAGAAAACAAGAAAGACAAGAACUGCCAAGGUGUUUAAGGCGAAACCUGGGAAAUCUGUUGGUGGUGGUGGAGGUGCUGUUUCUCACCUUACGGCUUCUCUGGUGCACUUGGAAAAGUGUCCAGUGUACAUUUUUUAUACUACACUUACGGGGCUGUCGCUUCGGGUGGCCAAGGCUCUUCACGAGAAGAUUGCGGGUAUAGAUGGCGUGGAAGUGCCGCCUCGGUUGCUUUCGCUUGACGACGAUGUGGACGAUUUGGAAGAGUACUUCCUUAGAACGCCCAAGAGUGAAAACCCACCUGUUUACCUUUUGGUGCUUCCUUCGUACGAAACUGACUCGCCUAUUGACUACUUCUUGGAGCAUCUUACAGAAACGUACCAGGACUUUAGGGUGGAUAAGUAUCCGUUGCGUACGUUAGCUGGUUUUGCUGUGUUGGGCCUUGGAGAUUCCGAAUCCUGGGGCGGCUCGCAGUUCUGUUACCAGGCCAAAUCUGCUGAUAAAUGGCUUGGAAAGCUUGGGGCUCGUCGACUCUUCCCGGUGGGUGAGGUUUGUAUGAAACAUGAAGGUGAACCAAAGACCCAGGACUGGAUCAAUGGGUUCCUGGAGCUUUUGGUGGAUGAACAGCCUUUCCUUUUGGAAGAUGAUCCUGCUGCUUUUGAUAGCGAUGCUGAGGAAGCUGAAGCUGAAGCUGAGGAUGAAAAAGAUGUGGUGGAUGUUGAAGAUAUGGGUGCUAUUAUCAGAGCUUCCAAGAAUAAAGAUAGCGCUGUCAUGGAGCCUAAACAGAUGGUUGCUGAGGAUUCGCCUACUUACAAAUCGCUCACAAAACAGGGGUACACUAUCGUGGGUUCCCAUUCGGGCGUGAAGAUUUGUCGUUGGACAAAGAGUGCCAUGCGUGGCCGUGGUUCUUGCUACAAGUUUGCUUUCUACGGUAUCAAGUCUCACUUGUGUAUGGAAACUACACCCUCCUUGGCUUGUUCCAAUAAGUGUGUGUUCUGCUGGCGUCACGGCACGAAUCCAGUGGCCAAGCUGAACUGGAGAUGGGAAGUGGAUCCGCCAGAGAAGGUUCUUUUUGGUGCUCUUGAAGGUCACUAUAAAAAGAUUAAGCAAAUGCGUGGUGUUCCAGGGAUCCAAAUCGACAGAUUCCAGGAAGCCUUUAGGGUCAGACACUGUGCACUUUCUUUGGUUGGUGAACCUAUCUUUUACCCCCACAUUAACGAAUUCGUUGGUAUGCUUCACGAACGUCACAUCUCGUCUUUCUUGGUUUGCAACGCACAGCAUCCAGAGCCCUUGGCCAACCUUGCCAAGGUGACUCAAUUAUACGUCAGUAUCGAUGCACCUACCAAGACUGACUUGAAGAAGGUCGACAGACCAUUGAACUCUGAUUUCUGGGAACGUCUCAUGUCUUGUUUGGACAUUGUGAGAACCAUUCAAAGCCACCAGCGUACGGUUUUCAGACUUACUUUGGUCAAGGGUUUCAAUAUGACUGAAGUGGAGAGUUAUGCUGAUAUGGUUGAAAGAGCCAUGCCUUCGCAGAUUGAAGUUAAAGGUGCUACCUUCUGUGGAAGCUCUACAGGUAACGGCAACCCACUUACCAUGCAAAACAUUCCAUUUUUGGAAGAAUGCAGAGACUUCUGUCGUCAAAUCACUGCUGAGCUCCAAAGAAGAGGCCUUGAUUACGAACUUGCAGCUGAACACUCCCAUUCCUGCUGUAUUUUGAUUGCCCACACCAAAUUCAAGAUCAACAAUGUCUGGCACACGCAUAUUGACUACCCCAAGUUCUUUGAGUUGCUUGAAAGCGGCCAGGAGUUCUGUGACUUGGACUACAUUUGUGAGACUCCAGAAUGGGCUGUUUGGGGCGCCGAAGAAGGUGGUUUCAAUCCAAAGGACACACGUUACGACAGAAAAGCUGAGAAGCUCAAAAAGAAGCAGGCCAGAGAUGACGCUGCUGCCAAGGCAUUGCAAGUCCAAAAGGCCGAGUCCAUCAAGGCCACCACCAACGAGUUUUCCGAACACACAAGGGAACUUUUUGUAUCAUAG